AUGUCUGAGGUUGGAAUCAAGAUCAAACUCACUGGCUAUGGAGGACCGGUCGCUCGCAGGUUGCGGGCUCUUCUCAAAGACUGCCUGACCAACUCUGGCGACCCUGACCUCAAUCCUCAAGAAGCUGGACAGCGCUCUGUGGAGCUGGAGCUAGAAAUCGCAAGGCGCACCACUCACGUCAUCAAAAAGGAGAAGAAGGUGAUGGGGUUACGCGAAGCGAUGGCCUAUAUCAACUCAACCUGCGAACGGUCUCAAGCAUUGCUUGCAUUCUAUUUUCCAUCCGACGAUUAUGGCUGGGAGAACAUCUGUGUCACAUUGACUCUAAAGGUCAUCAUGAAGUCGUUACUUAUGAACACAAAUUCGCCUGCCAAGUCCUAUGUGGAAAUCAAAGAGGAUGUUCUCGUUUAA